AUGUCGCAAAAGAAUAUAGUCGUUGUUGGGGCGGGCGUUUCUGGGUUGACAACAGCUCUGCUUCUGUCGCGAAACCCCGAGUACAAGGUUGUGGUCGCCGCCAAACACAUGCCAGGCGAUUAUGACAUCGAGUAUGCUUCACCGUGGGCAGGAGCCAACUAUAUGCCUGUCUCUGUUCGUGGAACACCGGCGGCAGAGUGGGACAGGAAUACGUGGGCUCCACUAGAAAACCUCGCUCGAAAUCGUCCGGAAGCUGGAGUCCAUUUCCAAGAAUGUGAAAUUCACAAUCGCACCAAGGACGUUGGCUCUGCAACAGCUGAGUGGUUUGCCGAGCUAUUGUCACCAAACCCUUGGUUCAAGGACGUUGUUCCUAAUUUCCGUUCUGUCCCCAAAGCUAGGCUUGGGGCGGGGAUAGAUUCGGCGACAAGUUUUACGUCUGUCUGUAUCAACACGGCAAUAUACUUACCGUGGCUGGUCUCACAAUGUCUCAAGAACGGCGUUGAAUUCAAGCGUGCUGUGUUCAACCAUAUUUCGGAAGCUAACACGCCCAAGAUUCACUCCUCGGGGAAGGUUGACUUGAUAGUGAAUUGUACCGGGCUGCUGGCAUCAAGACUUGGUGGAGUUGAGGACAAGUCUGUCGUACCUGCUCGAGGACAAAUUGUGCUUGUCCGGAACGAAGCUGGUAAGAUGCUGGACAUUUCGGGGACUGAUGACGGCGACGAUGAAGCCUGCUAUGUCAUGUCAAGAGCCGCUGGCGGUGGAACCAUAUUAGGUGGCUCGUAUCAGAAGGGAAAUUGGGAGUCUCAGGUUGAUCCCAGUCUUGCAGUGCGGAUCAUGAAGAGGGCAGUAGAACUGUGUCCCGCCCUCACUGGCGGUAAAGGCAUCGAGCACUUGGAUAUCAUCAGACAUGGAGUUGGAUUGCGACCGGUGCGCGAAGGCGGUGCAAGAAUCGAGAAACAGCGGAUCAACAAUGUAUGGGUUGUUCACAAUUAUGGGCACGGAGGGGCAGGUUACCAAUCUUCAUAUGGCUGCGCACAAGCCGCUAUCCAACUCAUCGAUGAGGCGUUGAACCCAAGGGCAAGAUUAUAG